AGCUUUCUCGUCCACCCUCCUCAUCAAUAUGCGCUCCUGAUUGCUCAACGCUCCCGCACAGACAAACCGGAGAACCAGUAUUGGAAGGCGAAACGAUGUCGCCCCAUAUUUCACAUCUGAGCUGUUGACUCAAAGCGCGCGCGCCCCCCUUUCUCCAACCGACUUUUCUCAUGGAUAAUCAAUGGAUUUGACUGUGGUUUAAAAGACUGUUGAUCGAGGAGAUUCUCGUAUUUCGUCGCACCGCUGCUUUUGCCGUCGUAUGCGAUCGUAAACAUGUUGACUUUGCACAAAGCUCGCCAAUUGCGCGUCUUGUCCGCACUAGUGAUCGGGUCCAUAGUGUGUUGCGCCAAAAGUGUCAACGAGCCUGGUAACAUGUCAUUCGUGAAGGAGACGGUGGAUAAACUCCUCAAAGGGUACGACAUCCGACUGAGGCCAGACUUUGGAGGGGCUCCAGUAGCAGUGGGGAUGAGCAUAGAUGUGGCCAGCAUAGACAUGGUGUCUGAAGUCAAUAUGGACUACACUUUGACUAUGUAUUUCCAACAAUACUGGCGAGACAAACGACUUGCCUAUGUUGGGAUCCCGCUCAACCUGACCUUGGAUAAUAGAGUAGCAGACCAGCUCUGGGUACCAGACACUUAUUUCCUCAACGACAAGAAGUCAUUUGUUCACGGUGUCACCGUCAAAAAUCGAAUGAUCCGUCUUCAUCCGGAUGGAACCGUUCUUUAUGGCCUCAGGAUAACUACGACAGCAGCAUGCAUGAUGGAUCUCAGGAGGUAUCCCCUGGAUGAGCAGAACUGCACUCUGGAGAUAGAGAGCUAUGGCUACACCACAGACGACAUCGAGUUCUACUGGAAAGGGGGCGAGUCAGCCGUCACAGGGGUGACGCGCAUCGAGCUGCCGCAGUUUUCCAUUGUUGAUUACAAGUUGGUUUCCAGAAAUGUUGUGUUUUCCACAGGUGCUUACCCUCGGCUUUCUCUGAGCUUUAAACUUAAGAGAAACAUCGGCUAUUUCAUUCUGCAGACGUACAUGCCAUCCAUCCUGAUUACCAUCCUCUCCUGGGUAUCCUUCUGGAUAAACUACGACGCCUCGGCGGCCAGGGUGGCUCUAGGUAUCACCACGGUGCUGACCAUGACCACUAUCAACACACACUUGAGAGAGACGCUGCCCAAAAUCCCCUACGUGAAGGCCAUCGACAUGUACCUGAUGGGCUGCUUUGUCAUGGUUUUCCUUGCCCUUCUGGAGUAUGCCUUCGUCAACUACAUCUUCUUUGGAAGGGGGCCUCAGAUGCAAAAAAAGCUGGCGGAGAAGGCUGAGAAAGCCAACAAUGAGAGAGCAGCCAAGUAUGACGCUGCAAGGGCGGAACCAGGACACGGGAACAUUCUGCUGACCACCUUGGAAAUCCACAAUGAAGUGGCAGGAGGCGAGAUCACCACCAGCGUAGCAGACAUCAGGAACUCUCAGUCCAUGGUGCAGCUGGACAGCACAGCCUCAUCGCACAUUCAAUAUCGCAAGCAGAGCGGUGGAAUCGGUCCACGUUCAGCCAGUCGUCAUUCCCUAGAUCGGUCUGUUCAGAAGAAACGCAGCCGACUGAGAAGGCGGUCCUCGCAGCUAAAAAUCAAAAUCCCUGACCUGACCGACGUGAACGCCAUCGACCGUUGGUCACGGAUCAUCUUCCCCUCGGUCUUCACCUUUUUUAAUCUUAUCUACUGGCUCUACUACGUCUGACUGGACAAUUUUGUUGUUUUGUCAUUUUCUUUCUUUCCAUUUGGUUUGGUUUACUUCCUUUUUUGUCUGCGCUUUUAUACAUGCAUUGAAUCGAUCAACAUCAGACUACAAACUGAAAGACUGAGAAAGCUCCAGAGGUUCUCGUCAAGUAUCUUUUUAUAUUUGCUGUCUUUGAAUCUGUUUUCUUUUCUGUAGUAUGUACUGUAAUUGGGACUUGUAGUCAUUUCCCAUAAAACAAAAUGCCAGCAAUUGAUUACAUCCAGUAGUUGCAAAAAAACAAUUCAAGUAAAUCCCAAAAGUGGUAUUCUAAGAAAAAAAGAGAACUUGAUACCACAUAGGUGAUCAGGAAAAUGCAGGCAAUUCCUAAAAAUCCAGUAAACAAUAUGUUUGAUUGGUACCCUAUGCACUGUAAACGCAUCCAAUGCGGGGUUAACUUUUACCGACAGUUUCUACUUCAGGAUUAUCAUGACUCUCAGGCUUCCAGGUUUCUACUAUUCUUGGCAUCAUUUGGUUGUGGAGAGAGACGACAGAACAGCACAAGAAUGAACAACACUGCCAUUUUUUCCCCACCGUUUAAUGGCUCCUGAAGCAAACGUGGAACCUAAUUUUAUCCAAAUUAAUCAAACUGCCAAGUGUUUUGCCUUGAGGCAUUGUUAUCCACCCAGUAUUGUUUCACCAAAAUAUUCAACAAAGUGUUUAGUGCUAAAUUUCUCUUAUCCAGAAGCUUUUUCAAGUAAUCUUCAUGGAUGUGUGUGUUUGUUACUCAUGUGCUAUUUUUUUCCUUCGAUAUCCUGCAAAUUUGUCAUCCAUCAGUAUUUAGGGCACUAAUUUAAUCUUAAUCUUUUAAUCUUUAAUCUAUUGUACUCUUUGUGUUUAUUUGAUUUUCCACCUUGUCUUGUUGCAAACAGUGAAACACUGGAGAAAUGCUGUGUAUAUUUA